ACUACAUUUACCGCUUGCCUACAUUUACUGCUUGCCUGCAAAAUGGACGGUGUCGGGUUGUUUACUGGUUUGAUAGACAACGUGAAUUGAACUUGCAGACUUCAUAGUUAGAAUUCAGCUAUUGUGAGGAACAUCUAUAAUUUUGCAGAGUGACUGAUAAAAAGACAAAGCAUGUCAGUUAAUUAUUCCGAUGGACUAUCCUCAUACGAGCACAAAGGGAAAUGUGGUCAGCCAGAGAAAUUUGACCCCCCAGAUCUUGUAACAGAGAAAGUCAGGCAGUUAGCUGACAUGGUUAGAGCGAGCCAGCACUUUAUAGUGCACACGGGUGCUGGCAUCAGUACUUCUGCUGGGAUCCCAGACUUUAGGGGACCUAAAGGUGUGUGGACUUUGGAACAGAAAGGUGAAAAACCACAAGUGAAUGUGACAUUUGAUAAUGCAAGGCCAACUCUGACUCAUAUGGCAUUGGUCGCUUUAGAGAGAGCAGGAAUUGUGAAGUACGUAAUCACACAGAAUGUAGAUGGAUUGCAUGUCCGAUCUGGUUUCCCUAGAAACAGACUCUCAGAGCUCCAUGGAAACAUAUUUGUGGAGGAGUGUAAUAAAUGUGGCACACAGUUCAUAAACAGUUCUGCUGUGACUACCAUGGGAUUAAAACCAACAGGGAAUUCCUGUCUGUUCAUCAAAAGUGGAGACAGAAAAUGCAGGGGUUGGCUUCGAGACACUAUUCUGGAUUGGGAGGAUUCCCUGCCUGAGAGAGACCUGGAACUGGCAGACCAACAUGCAAAGAAAGCAGAUCUAAAUCUUACACUUGGAACUUCACUUCAAAUUGUACCCAGUGGAAACCUCCCAUUGGCAGCCAGGAAGAAAGGUGGCAAACUAGUAAUAGUGAAUCUCCAGCCCACCAAGCAUGACAACAAAGCCACACUGAAAAUCCAUGCUUAUGUAGAUGAAGUGAUGUCACAGUUAUGCAAAUUUCUUGGUAUUGAAAUUCCAGAAUUCAACAGACCUAGUGCUGUCCUUGAAUCAGUGCACUCGGAUAAAGAGAAGAAGUUGAAUGUAUUUAUCAAAGAUCCUCAAAACUUUACAAUCCCUGUUGUUGAUGAUGAUAAAAUUACAACUGGGGUCAAGAGAGAGGAAGAGGACACCAAAUGGAAUAUGAAAAAGUCUGCAGAUGUGAAAAAUAAUUUGAUUGUGAAGUCUGAGGUUUCAGAUGAUAGCAAGGAUGUGUUUAGUGAAAGAACUAUAAAUAAACAUUCAGGAGAGCUAACCAGUCAGCACAAACAAAAUGUGACCUCCAUGUUAAAUCAAAGGUCAGAAACUAACCCGACUGUAUCCAAAAUAUGUACCAACGGAACUCAAAAUAUUGCCGAGGAGAAAUUCGAUGUAGUUUUAACAGAAUCAUUACAUGGAUCAAAUGAUAAUUUGGAGUCCAGUCCAGAAUUUUCUCAGAAAAGAAAACAAUUAAGUGUAAUCAACCCAGAUGAGAUACAGAAUAGUUUGAAGAUAGCUAAAGUAAUUUGAUGGAUUUUCCAUUAAAUGUGUAAAGUUUUUAAGUCUUUCCUGAUUCAAAAGUGAUAUUAUCAUGCAUGGGUGGACUGCAAAAAUUGAAACUUCAGAAUACAUGCACUGUUGUAAAUCACAUGAUCAGAAAGUGUCUAUUUACACAAUGUACAAUGUAAAUGCUUUUUCAAUAAGAAACAGAAAAGCAAUAUGUAAUUUAGCAAGGUUUUUUGAUAAACAAGGCACUGAGCCUUAUAAGAACUGAACUUAUAAGAUAUAAUAUGUUUGUCCAUCCUCCAUAUUUGGUCACAUGAUUCUGUUCACAUGGUUAUACUCACUAGUAUAUUGUUACCUGAUUAUUAUAUAACUGUACCAUACCAAUGAGAUGUUUCUCAAGGUUUCAAUAAACUAAACUAAACUGA